GUUGAUAUAGUUGACCAAACUAUGCUUGAAAAGGUGGUGGGCUAUGGCAAGUUUGUCGAACUGGAAUAUGCAUAAGAAGCAUCACAGCGUUUGUAUCUCUAUUUUAUUCAUUUUUCAUGAAAGAAGAUUCCAAAAUAAUGGAUCAAUAUCUGUCCUUAAUUAUUUUCAAUAGAAAAAGGAAUUAAAAAAAACCUGGAAAUGAACAACUCUAACAUAAGAGGAUAAUUGAAACUGUAAAGAGUAAAAACAGGGACGAUGCUUCUUAAUUAUUCCCCUCUUACUAAUCUCUUCAGUGUUCAUUUGUUCUAUUCAAGCUCAGUUUCAUCUCAGUUGGAUAUUCUUUUUUAAAUUCUUCUUUCCUCUGUUUUGCUUUCAAAUUCUCUUCCAGAGCCAACGGAAAAAACCUUCUCUUGUUAAGGAACCCAGGAAAUUUACAUACAAGUUAUUCAUGACCUGCAUUCAAUGUGGGUCUAGAUCUGGGCGAAAAAAACCUCAUUUUUUUUUUUAAUCCAAACUUCCAUUUUUUUUGGGGGUGGGGGGUUGGGGUUAGACCUCUCAAUCGAGCCGGGGAUCUGUAUAAGCCACAACCCUCAUUUUCGUGCGGAAUCGCUACCAAAAUGCGGUUUUGAGGAAUUAUUUGGUCUGGGCUCCUGGUUGUUGUUCUACUUUUUGGUUUUGGUUUGAGGUAAAUCCUUACGCCCAUUGCUUUAUUUCAGAGCUUGAACCAGAAUGAACUCACGAGUUUUUGAUUUACUAUGAAACUUAAGCCGAAUAUUAUUUAUUUUUUGGGGGAUUCUGUUGGUGUCUAUCCAUUGGCUCAAAUGGUUUUCUGGGAUGGGUAUUUGAGUGAUGAAGCUAUGGGCACCAUCGCACCGGUCGUUGUUUACUGGUUGUACGCUGGAAUUUAUCAGCUCUUGCCACCUUUGGACCAUUACCGUUUGCAUACCAGGAAAGAGGAAGAACAGAAGAACUUGGUGCCCCUGUCAAAAGUGAUUAAGGGUGUUUUGCUGCAACAACUCGUUCAGGUCACCGUCGCCCAAGCACUCUUCUUGUUGACCUCAAAGUCAAGUUCAUCUGGAGUUACACUUCAGCCCUCAAUUCUUGUUCAAAUUGUGCAGAUCUUUGUUGCAAUGCUGGUCAUGGACACAUGGCAGUACUUUGUGCAUCGUUAUAUGCACCAUAACAAGUUUCUCUACCGUACUGUUCACUCGCAGCAUCAUAGGCUGGUUGUCCCUUAUGCCAUUGGGGCCCUUUACAAUCACCCGCUUGAGGGUCUCUUGCUUGACACUUUCGGAGGUGCCCUCUCAUUCCUGGUAGCAGGAAUGACUGCACGUACCGCUGUGAUCUUUUUCUGCUUUGCUGUUAUCAAAACUGUUGAUGAUCACUGCGGUCUUUGGCUACCUUGCAACAUCUUCCAUCGUGUCUUCCAGAAUAACACUGCUUACCAUGACAUUCACCAUCAACUCCAAGGUUUAAAAUAUAAUUAUUCCCAGCCAUUUUUCCCUAUUUGGGAUAAACUUCUCGGGACCCACAUGCCUUACAGUCUAAGAAGGCGGCCUGAAGGGGGCUUUGAAGCGAGGGCAGUGAAAGAUUAGUGCACACCACUGACCAGUGUAACAUCUCAGGAUCGUCUCGGUACAACAUGCACUCGCUGACUGGGGUCAAGGUUAGGAAACUCUCCCUGCUUCUGCUUCACACUCCCAUUAAUGGAAAAGAUGAACCAAGAUAUGGGGACCUAUGAGUAUCAACUGUUAUGGGGCUGAGAAUUUUGGCAGAAGUUGGAGUUGGAGUUGGGAGUCAGUAACUGAAAUUCAAUUAGUUCAUUGCUUUGCAUCAGACUGUUUUUCUUGUGAAGUGUGUAUGGGAGUACUUCACCAGACUACCCAUGGAGUUGUACCUUUCUUUGAGCUGUUUUGUGCAGUACAUUGUUCAUGUUACAGAUUUUGCAUUUAUUGUUUGAUGUAUUUAACGUUGGAUUUGUAUUUGUCGUGUCAACGGUGCAUGAAAUGUUAUUGAGCUUUAUCACUGAAAAGUCAUUGAGGAUUAGUGACUAAUGAUAAUUUAUUUUGUCA